UCGCGAGCGCUCGUUCAGUCCGAGUUUCACUUUGGCGCGCGCAACGUCGUCGUCGCCGCUUCCGUCGCCAGUGUGAACGCGCCCCCAGUGCCAGCACCCCCGGGUCGCUUCAGUUCCAAUCAGUUCGAUCCCGUGACUUGUGUGCCCCUCUGUGUAUCCGAGUUCUUGUGGUGUAGUGCUUCGUCGGUCGGGGGUGUGUUGUUUCCUUGGUUGGGGUGAGGAUCAUGAAAGUGAAGGAGUUGAACGGGGGGGAGGGGGACGAGGGGGCUCGGAUCCCGAUGAUCGACGAGGACGAGGAGAGUCCUAAUGCGAACUUGAUUUCUUCUGCCGACAGGAAGGGCUCCGCGGUGAAGAUCACCAUCUCGCCAUGCCAGCCCAAGACCCUGAGCAACCUCCCCAAGAGGCCGCCUGUGGACAUCGCCUUCAGCGACCUCACCUACACCGUGAACGAGGGACGCAAAAAGAAUGUGAAAACUAUUUUGAAGUCGGUGAGUGGCCGACUGCGGUCUGGCGAGUUGACCGCCAUCAUGGGACCCUCAGGCGCCGGCAAAUCCACCCUUCUGAAUAUUCUCACAGGUUACAAGACAACAGGCACUCAAGGUUCAAUCACAAUGAAUGGUCAUGAGAGGAAUCUGAGUCAAUUCCGAAAGCUGUCAUGUUACAUCAUGCAAGACAACCAGCUUCAUGCCAACCUCUCUGUGGAGGAAGCCAUGAAUGUUGCAACAGCGCUGAAAUUAGGCAAAGAUGUCAGCAGAGCCAGCAGACAAAAUGUUAUUCAAGAAAUUUUGGAGACUUUGGGUCUUCAAGAGCACUGUAAAACCAUGACAAGCAAUUUGUCGGGAGGUCAAAAGAAACGUUUAUCCGUAGCUUUGGAGUUAGUCAACAACCCUCCUAUUAUGUUCUUUGAUGAACCCACCAGUGGUUUGGACAGUUCAUCAUGUUUCCAAUGUAUCUCUCUGCUGAAAUCGUUGAGUCGUGGUGGUCGUACGAUCAUCUGCACAAUCCAUCAGCCAAGUGCCCGUCUUUUUGAGAUGUUUGACCACCUCUACACCUUAGCUGAGGGUCAAUGUGUCUACCAAGGAUCAACAUCCCAACUUGUUCCAUUCUUAAGCACACUUAACCUUGUUUGCCCAAGCUACCACAACCCAGCCUCUUACUUGAUUGAGGUUUCCUGCGGAGAAUAUGGUGACAAUGUGAGCACUUUGGUGAAGGCUAUCAACAAUGGCAAACACGAUAUCAGAAACGGAAAACCAUUCCCAGUCUCUGAGCCCUUGAACAAUGCCAAUAUCAAAUCAAAAGACAAUCUUUCGAACGGAAACUCACUGGAUACAAACUUUUUAUUAAAGUUCGCCAACAAUGAUAUCGCCAAGGACACACCACAAACAACUGAAACUGGGCAAGUUGUCAUUCCUGUCGACUUGACCUCGCCAGAAAAACCAGAUAAUGUAACAACAGCUCUCCUCGAGCAAGCUCUACCUUCUAGUCAGCGAAGAUAUGCCACAUCAGAACUCUCACAAUUUUGGAUUGUUCUUAAGCGUACUCUGCUCUUCUCAAGGCGAGAUUGGACAUUAAUGUAUUUGCGAUUAUUUGCCCACAUUUUGGUUGGUUUUCUGAUUGGCGCUCUUUACUACGACAUUGGAAACGAUGGUGCUAAAGUGCUCAGUAAUCUUGGUUUCCUCUUCUUCAAUAUGCUUUUCCUUAUGUAUACUUCCAUGACCAUCACAAUUCUCUCUUUCCCGCUAGAAAUGCCUGUUUUGAUAAAAGAAAAUUUCAAUCGUUGGUAUUCAUUAAGGUCCUACUAUCUAGCCAUCACAUUCUCUGAUCUUCCAUUCCAGGCUAUUUUCUGUGUGAUUUACGUGUCAAUUGUGUACUACAUGACAUCACAACCUCCAGAAUGGGAUAGAUUUGGAAUGUUCUUAGGAGCUUGUCUUCUUAUUUCAUUCGUUGCUCAGAGUGUAGGUCUUGUGGUUGGUGCAGCUAUGAAUGUACAGAAUGGUGUAUUCUUGGCUCCGGUUAUGUCUGUGCCUUUCUUACUUUUCUCUGGAUUCUUCGUUAGCUUUGAUGCUAUCCCAAUCUACCUCCGCUGGAUCACAUAUCUGAGUUACAUCAGAUAUGGUUUCGAGGGAACGGCCCUUGCCACUUACGGUUUUGGCCGAGGAAAGCUCAAGUGCCACCAGACCUACUGUCACUUCAAAAACCCGGAGACAACACUGGAAGAAUUAGACAUGUUAGAUGCCAGCUUCACGUUGGACAUUGCUGCUCUCAUCAUCAUCUUCUUCGUCCUGAGGAUCGCUGCGUUCAUCUUCCUGCGGUGGAAACUGCUUUCUUCCCGCUAAGCAAAAUUAACAACUGUAAAUACUGUCCUUGAUAUUUAUUCUUUCGAACUCAGUGCAAUAAGCAGCAAAAUGCUGAGCUAUUGAAGAGAGGAGCCUCAAGCUCAGCUGGGGAAAGCCGAAUAGCUCUCAGUUAUUACUUGCUGUGAAGGUGUGCGUUUUUAGGUUAAUAUGUAUCUAUCACUCACUCACACCCUUUCACACAAUUUUAUUGAGUGUGGUGAGUUCUAUCUAACCAUGGGUUGUAGCUUUAACACUUCUCAAAAAGUUAUGAAACAUCCAGAAGCUUUAAAUCUGAAAUUUUGACUUUUUUUUGUGACGCUUGUUGAGCGUUUUCCACCAUUGCUUUAAUGAAUAAAUUCCAAGUCAUUAAAUAUGUACAUACAUAGAUUUCAGUUGUACUCAGAAUGAACCUAAAAAAAUGAACCUAAAAAUGAUUUGUUUUUCUAAGGGAAAAAUAGUUAUCAAAAUAAAUUACAUGGCUGGUUGAAAUUUCAGGAGCCCUGGAAAACUGAAGGUACCUAAAGAUUAAUUUUGUCCAAAAAACGACUCUGAUAAGCUAUUUAUUAUAUCUUUAUAAUUCUCAACCGUUCCAGAGUUUUUAAAAUUGGCAGUAAUAUAUUAAGGCUGCCAAAAAUUGCUGAAUAGAAGAAAGUCAAAAUAAUGUAAUGUUUAUGUUGCCUACUUUUUGAAUUUUUUUGUUCGUUGAUUUAUCGUGUUAAUGUGUAAUCCAAGUUUAGCUGAAGCACAUGCAGAAAAGUUGAGUGAUUUUUUCAAUUCAGAUAAUAUUUGACAAAUUCUAUUUGGAUGAAGAAAUCCUGCCUGUAAAUUUUUGUUGAUAAAGUGCCUACUUCCGUUAUACCUCUUGUACCUACGUCAUGAGAUCUCAUGUAACAUCAAACAUUUUCAUGUCCAUAAAUCUCAGACACAAAUGCACUCAACCAGAAGAUUCUGAAUCAUAUUUGUAUGUUGAGCCGAUAUUUCUGCCUGUACAAAUGCUAGCUGCUCUGCCUUAAAGUCAUUUCUAUCAUAUGAAUUUUAUUUCUCACAAAAAGUCUUUCAAGAGAGCUUUAUUACCUGCAUGAGGACCAAAUACAAAUUUUGUACCUUUUUUCUCAAUUUUUUACUGCAAACUUUUUCCGUACUUAUUUCUCAUGAAACAUCAUUGUUUGUAAGACUUUUUCCACUUAGUCUAAGUAAAGAUAUUGAAAUGACAUUAGUUGUAAGUUCUUUUAAACCUAAACUUCAAAGAAGUUUUAGCAUUUUGAAGUUCGUUGGAAGUCAAACCCUCGCAAGAAUUCAAAGGAAUAUUUUCUGUCUUUGAAUGAUUUUAUUUAAAUGUUAAAAUACUAGCUAUUUAGUUAAUCUGUUUGCGAUUUAGGGGUGCGCAUAAUUGAGGUUUUGGAUGCAACAAGGGAAUUUCUUGGUUGCUGUGGUUCACAAUUUCCACUGCUAAUUUAUAGUUCAGAGAGGACACUAUUGGGUGAAUUUUCUGGAAUCUUUCGUUUUCAGCAUUGUAAAAUCAUAUAGAAAAUUCAGAAAUUAGUUUCAACGAAUCCACACAUUUUCUUUAAUCAUAGGGGAUGAAUAGUUAGCAGAGAUUCUGAAAAACCACAACCAAGAAAUACCCUCUCUACACUCGAAGCUUCAAUUUGCAAUUGUCAAUUUUAAAAGGUUUAAACCAGUAGCUCAUUUUGGAAAAUGUGGUAAGUUUCAUGGGAAACUUUUAAAUGAUGCUGGCUUCUUUUCCUUCUCUCUAAUAGUUAAAAAAUUGUUAAAAAAUGUUUCAU